AGUGAGAUCUCGCGAGACCUCGGUCAACGUCCCGAGACAACGGCUGCGGAUCGCGGAUAUUAGAAGGUACUUUACUGCUUUUAUUUUCGUUUACUCGGCUUUUUAAAAUAGAGAUCUUCCACCGGGCUUUCGUGGUUCUAGGCAUCUCUGGACGAUUUCCAUUGAGGCUAAUUUGAGGAGGUGAAGACUGAACUUCUCAGCAUCACUGGCACAAGUUGACACCAUGGCUCAUGGCGCCAACCAUGGCAAGCUGCUCCUGCAACGCCUCCACCAGCAGCGGGAGAUGGACUUCCUGUGCGACGUCACCAUCGUGGUGAGAGACGUGGAGUUCCGGGCGCACCGCAACAUCCUGGCGGCCUUCAGCAAGUACUUCUCCUCCCAGGCGGAGAAGGGUCAAGAGGUGACCACGCUGGACCCCGACAAAGUCAGCCGCUACGCUCUGGAGAAACUUCUGGAGUUUGUCUACACGGGACAGAUGAACCUCAGCAGCACCAGACAAGUUGCCGUCCGCCGAGCCGCCAUCUUUCUGGGCAUGUCAGAAGCCACAAAGUACCUGGAGGAAAGUCACCCCUGGUUGGAGGCCAGUGAGGCGGACAAAGACGGCGGCCUGUAUCCGGUCAGUCCCGGCUCUCCGGGCAGUCCCCACUCGCCCGUCACUUUGUCCAUCGCCUCGGUCUCGGGAGCAUGUGUGGAGGAGGGGCCGGACAGCAAAAAGCAGGAAAAGGAAGACGUGGGUGAGGAUGUGGGUUUGGAGGAGGAGGAAGGGAUCCCGAGUGAUGAGGACUACAUGAGUGGCGGAAGGGGGAUGGGGAGGAAGAGAGGCAGGAAGCCCAAAGGUUUCGGCAGCGAGCUGACAGAGUUUUUAGACGACAUGCCCAGACCUCCGGUCUACAGGGGCCGGGGGAGGGGCCGCGGGAGAGGACGGGGCAGAGCGGUCAUCAAGAGCGAAGAUCCCUACUUGGAGGAGUUCGACGCCGGCUUGAAGGACUUUGGGGACACAUCAGCAGACUGGAGCCCCUCUUUGGACGAGUCCCCUGCCAAGAGGCUGCGCCUCCGAAUCGGGGAGAGGCGGCGAGGUCGCGGCCGGGGGCGCGGCAGAGGGAGGGGGCGAGGCAGGCGGCGGCUGGACGAGGACGAUGACGACAGCGGUGAGGGAGGAGAGGAAGGAGAACAAGAUCCUUCUGGGACUGAGAACAUGAACCUGUCCUGCAGCGAGUGCAACAAGCUGUUAAAAGACAUCAGCAGCCUGAGACGCCACGAGAAGAUCCAUAAGGGACUCAAACCUUUCAUCUGCAUCUUCUGCUCCAAAUCCUUCAGACAAGCCACACAGCUCAAAACUCACCUGCGCAUCCACACAGGCGAGAAGCCAUUCAGCUGCUCCAGCUGCGACAAAUGCUUCGCUCAGAAGUGCCAGCUGGUGGCUCACCGCCGCAUGCACCACGGCGAGGAAAAGCCGUACACGUGCAAGCGCUGCGGCUUCAAGUUCGCCACCUCGUCCAACUACAAGAUCCACAUCAAGCUGCACAGCGGAGAAAAACCAUACGUGUGCGACAUCUGCGGUCAGGCCUUCGCUCAGUCUAGCACGCUGACCUAUCACAAGCGGCGCCACACGGGGGAGAAACCGUACCAGUGCGACCUUUGCGGCAUGUCCUUCUCCGUCUCGUCCUCGCUCAUUGCCCACGCACGGAAGCACACAGGCGAGACGCCGUACAAAUGCUCCCAGGCACAUUGCGACUCCAGGUUCGUCACGUCGUCCGAGCUGAAGAAGCACAUGCGACGACUACACCCAGAGGGCAACAACGGCGUGCAGUGCCUGCUGUGUGGGAACCGCUUCGCCAGCGUGAAGAACAUGAUCAAACACCAAGAGAAGGCACACGCCGAUGAAGUGCGUCAACACAAAGAGCGAGCACGAGCAGUGGUCCUGCUGGCGUCCAGCCAUCCGGUGGCCUUCGUGCAGAGCAAACUGUCCAACGAUAAAGCUCUGAGCGCCAUCCCUGAAGUCCAGCCUCCCAACCCAGAACCAGCCACGCCGCACCCCAAAGCCGCCGAGCAGUCCGCCGACGACGACAACAACAACAACGGCGGCGGCGUUGUCCUCGGCGAGAGCCUGCAGGAAUUAAAGGUGGAGCCCAGCCUCACGCCCAUCUCCCCCGCCAACCCGGUCGCCUUCGAGGCGGACGCGGAGCAGACCAUCAACUCGGACACGCUCCACGCGCUGGUGGAGCAGCUGAGGCCGCCCACCUCGCCCGCACAAAGCCUGGAGCAGAUCGUCAUCAUCCACACGGUGGACAACCCCCCCGCCCCCUAGUGAGCGCAGAGUGAGGAGGACGUCAAAGAAACUUUUGGACUGGUGUCAGUGACUUUAGGGAGUUGUGGUAGCGUAGGCUUGUGUGGCCGCUUUAGCGUGUGGUGACUUGGCGCACACACAUUUUUAUUAGGAGUGAAAGUUUUUGAAGAAGCUGCAAUGAGUUUGACUGCAGUUGUGACACCACAAUGUAUUACUCAAUCUUUCCUUCCUCAUUUAUUGCAAGUAGUGUUUUUUUUUUCAUUUUUAUUUUCAACUCGUCUACAACGUAUGUACAAAAAUGCCCAUUACUGUAUAUAACUUCUACAUGUCAAAUAAAUGGCUGACAAAAUGA